ACGGGCAGUAGUAGAAAAAAAAAUCUGGUUGCAAUGAAUUUCAGCUAGCUAGCCAACGACAAAUGUCAUUGCAUAUGAGUAAAUACAUAAAUGUCAAGGCGGAAGAAGGUUUUUCGAAGUCUUGUGCUGCAUCUUUGUAUUUGUAUGAGCACACCAGCCUGCCUGCCGACCUACUGUGAAUCGAUCCAGCUGGCUCAGUGACUAGAACAAGAAACCUUGGCUCCUUUGUGUGCCAAUUCAUUUCAAGAGCCAGGGAUUUCUAAAUCCAGAAGAUGAACGGUCUGUCUAUAAGAGAGCUAUGCUGCCUAUUCUGCUGCCCUCCUUGCCCCAGCCGCAUUGCAGCCAAGCUGGCUUUCCUCCCUCCAGAGCCAACCUACGCCCUUCUCCCUGACCCAGAUCCAAGCUCUGGAGCUGGAGCUGCCUCAGGGUCCAGCUCCGCUCUGCCCUCUCUCGGAGCCCCAGGACUGCGCUCCCGGCUAAGCACUAGUAGUGGAAGUGACAGGGGAGGCGGAGGUGGUGGUGGUGGUGGUGUAGGGGGAGGUGGCGGAGGAGGCGGAGGAGGUGGUGGAGGAGGUGGUGGAGGAGGUGGCACUGCAGGUGGCACUGCCAGCGCCAGCGGUAGUAGCGGUGGAAAUGAGCCCAGGUGGAAGCUUCACCUCACAGAGAGAGCAGAGUUCCAGUAUUCACAGAGAGAGCUGGAUGUAACGGACGUGUUCCUAACUAGAUCUAGCCGAGGGAACAGGGUUGGGUGCAUGUACAUUCGCUGUGCCCCUAAUGCAAGGUUUACAGUGUUGUUUUCCCAUGGCAAUGCAGUAGACCUUGGCCAAAUGAGUAGCUUCUACAUCGGUUUAGGCACCCGCAUCAACUGCAACAUUUUUUCCUACGAUUACUCAGGCUACGGUGUUAGCACUGGCAAGCCCUCUGAGAAAAAUCUGUAUGCUGACAUUGAUGCUGCCUGGCACGCCCUGCGCUCUCGGUACGGCAUCAGCCCAGAGAAUAUCAUCCUGUAUGGACAGAGCAUUGGCACAGUGCCCACAGUCGACUUGGCGUCUCGGUUUGAGUGCGCUGCUGUGGUCCUCCACUCUCCUCUCACCUCUGGAAUGAGAGUGGCCUUCCCCGACACUAAGAAAACGUACUGCUUUGAUGCCUUCCCCAAUAUUGAGAAAGUGUCGAAGAUCCCUUCACCGGUGCUCAUCAUCCACGGUACAGAGGACGAGGUGAUCGACUUCUCGCACGGCCUCGCCCUGUUUGAGCGCUGCCCCAAGGCCGUGGAGCCCCUCUGGGUGGAGGGAGCAGGUCACAACGACAUUGAGCUUUACAGUCAGUACCUGGAGAGGCUACGGCGCUUCAUUAACCAGGACCUGGCUGCACAGCACGCCUGAGAAACAAACAACAGCCUCUCUGUUUGUAUGAAUGACAGUGUGACUGAGUGAAUGUGAUGUCAGCAUGUGUGAUUGUUAAGGGUGAGAAAUCUACCUAAACAAAUGUGUGAUUUUUAUUUUUUAUUUUUUUUCUGUCACAUCUGUUUGUCUUUGAAGCGGAACACCUUAAGGUUACUUUUUAACACAACAUAUGUUAAAAUAAUUAACGGUUAAAGGUGAGACCACUUUUUAAUAAGUAACCCGCUGCAUCCAUCUGUGCAGCGGUUUGUUGUAAAACACUAAAACAAAAACUGAGAUUUAGGUUUUUAACAGGGGAACAUUAUGAAUCACAGCUUUACAAUGUGACACAGUAGGCAUCAACAUUACUCUGUCUGUUAAAGGCACACAGAUGUCAUUUUAAAGUAUGAUAUGUUGGUGAAUAUGAGCCGUAGAUGUAAUUGUUAAGUGUGUACUCAUAUCUCCAUGGACACCUGAAUAAUGUGUGAGAGUGCAUGUUUGUAUGUGUGUGAACUAGGCAGUGCU